CAGCUAAUUGCUAGCUCAGAAGCUCUGGUUUCAGGAGGGGAGAACUACCGCUGCUGGAGUACAAACUGACAGGAUCAUGACAGAGCCAAGCAGUAGAAAAGAAGGAUUUAAAAAAUGCCGGAGUGCCACUUUCAGCAUUGAUGGCUUUAGCUUUACAAUUGUUGCAAAUGAGACAGGCAACAAAAAUGCUCGACCGCUUUCACGAUUUGCUCGGUCAAAGUCACAAAACUGCGUAUGGAACACCAUUAUUGGUGGGCUUACUGAUAAUCUCAAAGAAAGGCAGAAGCCAACCAUCAUUCAUGAUCCUAGGACUCCAGAGGAAAUCUUAGCAGAUGAGCUACCGCCAGUGGACAGUCCAGAAGCAUUAUUGAAAACAUCUUUCAGGUUGCGGUCUUUGGUAAAGCAAUUAGAGAGAGGAGAGGCUUCAGUUGUAGACCUAAAAAAGAAUUUGGAAUAUGCAGCUGCCGUACUUGAAUCAGUGUACAUUGAUGAAACUAGGCGUUUAUUGGACACAGAAGAUGAGCUCAGUGAUAUUCAGUCAGACUCUGUGCCCUCUGAGGUCCGGGAUUGGUUGGCCUCCACCUUCACGCGGCAGAUGGGGAUGAUGCUUAAAAGGUCCGAGGAAAAGCCCCGGUUCAGGAGCAUCGUCCAUGCAGUGCAAGCUGGUAUAUUUGUGGAGAGAAUGUACAGACGGACAUCAAAUAUGGUUGGCCUGAGCUACCCACCAGCUGUAAUUGGAGUGCUAAAGAAUGUAGACAAGUGGUCCUUUGAUGUAUUUGCACUGAAUGAUGCUAGUGGGGAUCAUGCACUGAAAUUCAUUUUCUAUGAACUUCUCACACGCUACGAUCUGAUCAGCCGUUUCAAGAUUCCCAUUUCUGCUCUUGUCUCCUUUGUGGAAGCACUGGAAGUUGGAUACAGCAAACAUAAAAAUCCUUAUCACAAUCUAAUGCACGCAGCAGAUGUUACACAGACUGUACAUUAUCUCCUUUUUAAGACAGGUGUAGCGCACUGGCUGACAGAGCUGGAGAUCUUUGCUAUGAUCUUCGCAGCUGCCGUCCAUGAUUAUGAACAUACUGGAACCACCAACAACUUUCACAUUCAGACACGGUCGGAUUCAGCCAUUCUGUACAAUGACCGAUCUGUGCUCGAAAAUCACCAUGUCAGUGCAGCCUAUCGCCUUUUGCAAGAUGACGAGGAGAUGAACAUUUUGUCUAACCUCUCAAAGGACGAUUGGAGGGAAUUCAGGGCCUUGGUGAUAGAGAUGGUGUUGGCCACUGAUAUGUCCUGUCACUUCCAACAAAUCAAAGCCAUGAAGAAUGCUUUGCAGCAGCCAGAAGGAAUCGACAAGCCGAAAGCCUUAUCGCUGUUGUUGCAUACAGCAGACAUCAGUCAUCCAGCCAAGGCCUGGGACCUUCAUCAUCGCUGGACCAUGUCCUUGCUAGAGGAGUUCUUCAGACAGGGUGACAAAGAAGCAGAACUAGGGCUUCCUUUCUCCCCACUGUGUGACCGCAAGUCUACUAUGGUAGCUCAGUCUCAGAUAGGUUUUAUUGAUUUCAUUGUGGAGCCCACUUUUACUGUGCUGACAGACAUGACAGAGAAGAUUGUAACACCGCUCAUUGAUGAAGCCUCCCGCUCUGGUAUAACUGGAUUUAGACGUUCCAGUUUGAAUAGCAUUAGCCCCUCAGAAGUUAAAAGAUCAAGUGUCAAGAGCACUGGGUCAGAAGGAAGUGCCUCACUCAACUGUUCCAUACUCACUGUGGACUUCAAAUGUUUUAAAGCCACCUGGACCGAGGUGGUGCAGCAGAACCGGGAGAAAUGGAAAGCAAAAGCAACCAAAGAAGAAAAAGCUAAGAAAGAAGCUGAGGAAAAUGCUCAUCAGGGAACAGAUGAAAAGAAAACAGAAGAAAAAGAAGAGAAAAGUCCAGCCGAGGAUACCACGACAGCGAAGUCAGAAGACAGCAAAGAACCAAAUCCUGGGGAAAGUAAGAGCACAGAAUCUAGCAAGGGUCAUGUAAAUGGGACUCAGCAAAGUGGUGUGAACAAAAUUGAAGCCUCUCAAGGGAAAAACCAGUCUAGAGCAGACAAGGGCAGUGAGUCUCUCCAAGCAACAGGAGAGGAGAAACAGCAUGUCCAAAAUGGUGAAUUAAAGGAUGAUGAUAACCAGUCAGACAAGAAAGAUCAGUCUAGUAUGGGAAAUGAAUCAAAGAGAACAGAUGAUACAGAAGAGUAAAAAAAAAAAAAAAAAUUAAAAAAAGAGACUGCAAAUUUCUUUCAUCAUUUUAGCUGAGCUUCUUCAUUCCUCUCCUCCUCCUCCUUCCGCAAAGACCAAUUUCUGGGGAAGGCGUUACACAGCUUUCAAAACAAUCCUCCUCCCACUGGCUACUUCACAGUUAAUGACUCUGGGGUUUGGGUGUUUUUUUCCUUCACUUUUUUCCCCGUGUGUGUGUGCUGUUUCUUUUUAAAAAUUCCCUGGGGGCAGGGGUUGUUAACAAAAUAAUUCCGCUUUCUGGACAGGCAAAACAAAUGAAUGAGGAUCUUCCUCAGAAGCCGUUGCUUCCCUAUGCUAAAGCCCUAGCUUGUGAAAGACAUACUAAGCCCUGCCUUGUGAAAGACAAGAAAAUUGGAAUGUGUGUAAAGGGGCUUGAAAUUACUGCCUUUGUACUAUUGUUUCCAUCUGCUAGGCAGAGAAUUUGAUACUAGUUUUAGCAUCAAUUCAGAGGAUUUUGUUCAUGAAGGUGGUGAAUUGUUAAAUUCAUAAACUUCUCACUAGGACUUAGUACUGUUACACAGCUUUUCCAGCACUCUAUGAUAUCGAUGUUUGUUUGUUUGUUUUUUAUUUAUCCUGUGGGCAAAUUCAUUUAACCUUCGAUUUAUUUCGUGCACUUUUCUUAUUUUGUUUUAGUAAUGACUCACAAAUAGGGUGUUUGCUCAGGGCUGUUGCCCACUAAAGCUCUGAGGAAUGUACUUUUUGUGUUGUCUUCCAUAACUAGUAAUUACAAUUAUGAUAUAUUUCUCGCAUCUGUUUCUUAGAUACCUGUAACCACUCUUUACCUGACCUAGAAGUACUGAGAGAAGGCAGGCAUUAGGAAGUCAGAUGGAUCAAUUCCUCCUUUCAUCUUAGUGUGACAUUUCUUUUAUCACUGAUUGAAUGGAUGAGUCAAAGGAAAAGAAAAAUAUAAGUUUUUAAUAUAAAUAAGUUGGAAAAGUAGAAGCAGAAAAAGAAAGAUUGGAAAAAAAAACCAACUAUGGUCUAAGUACACCACUGGAGUGACGUAGACCCAUAAACUUGAAAGGUGAAAUGUUCAAAACUAACUCACUCAGGCCCUAAUUCAGGAAAGUGUUACUGUUCAUGAAAGCAUUAAACACGUGCUUAAAUGCUGUCCUGGAUUAGGGCCCCAAGAUAGAUCCAGUUCAAUAUAACUUGAUUUCACCUGUCCAUGUGAAAUUAACACACACACAGUUAUAGUGUGUAUAGUUUUGCCUUGUUCACAUAUAUAUUUUACUAUGAGUCAGACUGCUUUCAUGCUACUCUAGAGAAUGUGGAAAAUAUUGCCUCAGGAGGAAAAUAAACUCCAUCUGUAUUCCAUUUCCAUGUUCAAAGCACAAAACUUUGUUCUACCACCAGCCUAUAUUAGAUAGAAGACUCACAGCUCCUGUUCAAAUGCAUAUGAACAGGGAUGAGUAUGUUUAAGAUGGAAGUAGGAAAUAUUGCCAUACUUGUAUUAGCCUCACAAAACACGAGCAGCGGUGGGGCUCGUUCAAGUUCAGAUUUUGAACAUGAACAUCCCAUAGCUCAGGAAUGUUUGUAUCCAGGAUUUUGGUUCAACCCACUCUGCAAAAUUCAGAUUCACAUCUGAGUUUUUACUUCAGACACCAAAGUUUCAGUUUGUUCAGAUAUAGGGAUUCAGUUGGGGUCCAUCUCAUGCUUACUAAAAUAUUUUCCCUUGGAAGAACUAUAAAAAUAACUGCUGUUAACAUAGAUAUAGCAUUCUCCAGCUGUCUUAUCUAUAUUGGUUCCUUUAAAUAAAAUAAAGGAACACACCAUAGUCUAAUUCCUUAGAACUGUUUCUGUGACUGUUCCACACUCAGAACCCCUAUCAGCUUCAAUGGAAGUUCCACACACCUAGCAGCUGUAGAAUUUGGCCUGUAGGCCCAGAUCCAAAAAGGUACUAAAGCUCCUAACUUUCAUUAAAAUCAAUAGAAGUUAGCAGCCUAAAUACCUUUGUGGAUCGGUGUCUUCGUCUUUAUCAAAUUCUUUAAAGGGACAUUGACAAGAUAUAAAUAAUACUGCAUUGCUGACCCAGUCCUUACUCCUACUGGACCUUAACUUGAAUAUGGUCUGAGCCAGCACUUUUUUUUUCUUUAAAUGAUCCCUACAUAGUUUACAGUGACUAAAAAUUCCUUGGACUAUUAAAACUGAAAUAAUUUUAAAAGUCAAAUUGAUCUUCAGCUCUUUGUGAUGUAUUUUUGACAACACACUCUGCUUUGACAGUGAAAUGAGACUACAGUGAGCCAUUUCUUGGUUCUCAUGCACUAGCACUUUGGCUCAACUUCAGGCAGUGAGGGUGACAAACUACCCAGGGAAGUGAUGGAUUCUCCAUUUCUUGAGGUUUUGAGAUGAAAACUGGAUGCCUUUCUGAAAGAUAUGCUUUAGUCAUACACAAGUUAUUGGGUUCAACGAAGCUCAAUGUAACUGGGUGAAACUGAACGGUCUGUGAUAAAGAGGGGGUCAGACCAGAUGUUCUAAUGGUCCCUUAUGGCCUUACAAUCUCUGCAUAUACCACAGUGGUAUAUUAACAUUUAAAAAUAUUUUUGACAUUUUAAUAAAGUUGUGAAAUCAUUUCUAGAAGACUCUAUGGCCUUUCUAAAAAAAAAAGGAAAAAAAGAAAAUGUAGGUGCUGAGAGACUGCAAAGAGAGUGGUAUAGUUUACCUCUGUGCUUCUCUUUGCAGGUUCAGGUCCUAAACUACUGUACUUGAUGGUAUCUCUCUAAUUAACCAUCUCACUGAAAUGCUCAAUAAUAUUGUGCUAGUGCUUUGAGAACCAAGAAAUGAUAUCUCUAAACAUCUCCCAAGUGAACUAGACAGCAGUACUGUCUCUUAUUUUAUUUCACACAUUGUCUGUGAGUGCAUGGAACUGAACGAAUGGCUCUUUACACAAUUCAGUUCAAUUAAAUACAUUUCCUCAGUGUGUAAAACACAAUGAAAAAUAUCUGUUCUUAAUUCUUUACCUUCCAUUCAGCUUCGCCCUUCAUGUGAGGGGAAACAAAGCUGUAGAUGCCUUACUAUCUGCUUGUCUAUUAGAAGAGACAAAGAGUAAGCUACACAUAUUGAAAAUAUGAGGCCCCUGCUGCAGGCCUGAUUCACUUCUGUGGGAGUCACAUACAUGUAAACACAAUCAUGGGUGAUGGAGAUGUUACAGAUUGAGACCUGGAUUUGAAAGUCAACCUGUGUACUAAAAUGACACACUUCAGCCUUUAGGAUGAGAGUGCUGGUCAGAUCUCUCAGAAAGUACCACCUGGCUGGAUGACCAGACCAAAAACUGUCUCCUAAUCUGUGAAAGUGAAUCCAGGCCCCUUACAUCCUGUAAGCAGGGAGAGAUUUCCUUGGGUGCCCUGCUAACUUGUCCAUAUUUAGACUUUUCAAAGUAACGGAUCUUCAGAGAACUGGCGUAGCUCCGUUGACAUAAUUAAAUGGUGCCUGUGCUCCUAUCUAACAAAGGCCCAAACUGCCAUUAAGGGAUGUCAGCAGAUUUUAUUGCCAAUUUACAAUUUACUUACAUUUUUUUAAAGUGUAAAUGUUCCCAAUUCUGUACUCAAAUAAUGAUUUAGUUGAUGAGAAAACUGGAUGUGUCUCUGACAACGUGCAAAGAUAAUUAGGAGUAGGCAGGGUCAGCUGUCAAAACAAAAUGAUUUUGAUGCAUCAUUUAAAAGCACAUGGUCGAAUGCUUAUAUCCACUACUUGACUAGCUUUAAACAUGAACUGCACAGCUUUUCAUCAAGGGCGUGAGCUCAGGUUUUCUGUUUUUCCUUAUAAAUAAUGCAUUUUGGUGUUAAUGACAUUACCCACAGUCACAAGAGAAACAUAGGUGCCUGACUCCAGGGCUUCUAAAAACUCUUGCAAUUUCAGAUUUAAAAAUAUUUUAGACUAGUCACAAUUUCAACAUUCUCUCUUUAAAUAUAGAUGCAUUGUUUUACAUUGGCAUUUUACAUUCAGGCACUAGUGUCGUUCUGUGCUAUAGCAGGGGAAACCCAGAGCCCUGUACUUAGGUCCUGGUAGGUAAAUAAAGAAGACGUUUUUAAUUCUUCUGUUUUCAAUACCCAGUAAUUUGUAGCUGGGAGUGAAUUUUCAAAGGGGCCUCAUUGCAAUCUCUUUUGUGCUUGUGAAAAAAACUGACAUGCAAUUUUUGAAAAAGGCCACCUGAACAUACAAACACUAGCAUUUAAACAUGCAAAACUUGUUUGUGCUUUAGCUUUUGUGCAAAUGAGGUUUGGAAUGGGUAGAUUUUAUCAUUUGUGUGUACAAUUGAUCAUGCUCAAAUUCUGUUUGCAGAAAGUCGCAUGAAAAUCUUUUGCAAAGACUUUACAUUUUAGCUCAUGGAGUGUACACACAAAAUAUAUAACUGAUUUUGGAUCUGCUUUUUAAGUACAAAAAAAAAAAAUCGUAUACCUUAAACAUUGAUGGGCACAAACUUUCUCAUUCAGUUUCUAUCUAAGGGCCACAGCCUCAACUGGGGAAAAUCAGUGCGUCUUCAUGGAGUGAGGAGAUUUCCCUAAAUAUCUAAUUAUUUCACCCUGUUCUCCUCACAGUGGCACCAGUAUACUGGUGUAACUCCUGUGACUUCAGUGGUGUUUCACCUGAUUAUCACCUGUGUAUGAAUGACAGGAGUGUCAGGUCCAUUUAUUUAUUUAUUUUAUCCACCACUUCAUCAAAUAUGCAGACACAAAACAAUGACCCUCUAUUUUCCAUCUGCAUACCCAAUACCAGUUCCUCAGCUGUGCAUGUGAGAUUUCUGCAUAUUGAAGCUUAAAUAUGGUAAGACACUUUACAAGCUGAAGAUAGAAAGCUGUGUUAAUACCUGCAGCAACGUGGAGGAGGGGGCCCAAAUGAGAAAACUUGAUAGGAAAAGGAUACUUUACUUUCAGACUUCUCAGGCUCCAAUCCUUCUCCCAGCGAAGUCAAUGAUACUUCGUCCAUUUAUUUCAAUUAAUAUUCCCCAGCAUUGGCUCAGAUCAAGUGCAGUGUCAAUUUAAUAUCUGAUACAUAUUCUCUCGGGAUGAGUAUCCUGCUUUUGCAGGAAGAUGGGUUUGGUGAUCAGAUAGGUCUUUUCCAUUUCUGAUCACUGUGGUCCAAGCUAUAAACAAAUCAUUUGACCACCAUUGAUCACUUUGUUUGCCAUUAAAACAGAAAAGCAGACACUUUGUUUCAGGUUUCUCAGAUUUUUUUACUCUUCCUUCCCUGCAUGUUGUUUUUUUCUUUUUCUGAGCAAAUAUAGUGUGAGAUUUCUCACUGGCAGCAAAGCAGAACUAUGACUCUCUCUUCAUCGUCUGUCUCACACACAAGUACACAAACACAUGACAGUACACAUGUACAGGCUCCACAAUAUACUGUUGGUACUUUGUAUUCCUUUUAUUUCAUUAACGUGCAUGUGUAAGGCCUGUUGUGUACUCAUCUUUGCCCGGUUCUAGAAGCCAUCCUGUGGUAGGAGGAUGUGUAUAUGUAAUCUCAUCAUCUUUGCUGGAUGAUUGUAGGAGUGCAUAUAUAAAACAAUCAGUUAUGGCCAUAGGUGUUGUGUAGUGAUAAAUCCUAGUGGCAGAGUGAGCAUUUUCCUUUUCUUCUGGCUUGGAUGAUAUUUUUAUACAAUUUUAUAUACAAUUUUUUUAAAUAUUUGCUAUUUUUAUUUGUAGGGUUCUGAUUGGGUUUUACCAGAACUUCUGGUCAUUUGCAGGCCCAGAUUAUCCCAUUAAGAUUUCUCUUCCCUUUUCCCCCCAUAGACAAAAGCCAUUGCAUUUGCAACAUCAGCUUAGAGCAAAAAAUAAAAUAAAACAACAGAUUGGGCCCAAACAUGUCAUCAGUCACACUGAAACUGAUGGAAGUUGUGCACGAGCUCUGUUCAGUUGAACU